CCUGGGUCGGAGCCGCCGGGAGCCGGAGCCGGAGCCCGAGCGGCCGCGGCCCCUUUAAGGAGCCGCUCUGCGGUAACCCGAGCCCGCAGUCCGGGCGGGCGCGGCGGCCGCGCGGUAGCUCCAGCCUCGGCGACUGCACCUCCGAGCGGCCCGGAGCCCGCGGCUUCCCUGGCUCCCGUGAGCAUCUCGCGGGGUGGCCCCGGCCGGCGCCAGCCCUCGGGCCGGGCCAGAUAACCAGGCGCUUAUAACUACCCGCCGCCCUCUCCUGGCCCGGCGCAGCCGCCGCCCGCGCGCGAGUCGCCCCGGGACCCGGCACAGGUUGAAGAAAUAUGGAUACGAACACGACACAGGCCAUCAGCAUUGUCUGUACCAGCUUUUUCACCUUCCAGCUUCUUUUCCACUUUGUAAGUUACUGGUUUUCAGCAAAAGUAUCUCCAGGUUUUAAUAAUCUCAGCAUUGAAAAGAAGAUUGAAUGGAAUUCAAGGGUAGUAUCUACAUGCCAUUCUUUGGUGGUUGGGACUUUUGGCCUAUACAUUUUCUUAUUUGAUGAAGCCACUAUAGUUGAUCCACUUUGGGGUGAUCCAUCAUUGGUCAAUGUGAACAUUGCUAUUGCUUCAGGCUACCUCAUUUCUGAUUUAUUGAUUCUCAUUUUGUACUGGAAAGUGAUUGGUGACAAAUUCUUUAUAGUCCACCAUUGUGCAGCACUGUACGCAUACUUCUUCCUACUGAAAGAAGGAGUGCUGGCCUACAUUGGGAAUUUUCGCCUGCUUGCAGAGCUUUCCAGCCCUUUUGUGAAUCAGCGAUGGUUCUUUGAAGCUCUGAAAUACCCUAAGUUUUGCACAGCCAACGUCGUCAACGGCAUCCUCAUGAUGGUGGUGUUCUUCCUGGUGCGCGUGGCCUCCAUGCCGCCCCUGUACGGCUUCAUGUACUCCGUGUACGGAACAGAACCCUACGAAAGGCUCGGCUUAGUAAUCCAGUGUUCCUGGAUCGCUUCCUGUGUUAUCUUGGAUGUGAUGAAUAUCAUGUGGAUGAUCAAAAUUUCAAAAGGAUGCAUCAAAGUCGUCUCUCUCUUCAGAAAAGAGAAAGCCCGAAAUCGCCUUCAGAAUGGAAAACUCGACUAACGGUGUGUGCUAUUGACAAGCAAACGGCCUCACUACCCCUGAUUUUAUCUUCCCAUAGGAUGAACCCUUGGCAUGUUUUUGUGCUUCUUCAUUAAUAAUAAUUGUUAUUCAGGGCUUCAGCGUCUUGGU